CAUUUCCCGUGUGAACCACUGUUUCGUAAUUCGCUGAAGCAACAUGGCGGCGUCUAGGGCACUUGCAAAAGUUGUCCGAUUGGGAUCACAUAGCGUCCAUAGAAGUCGCAUUUUCAAAUUGAACGGUGUACAGAGACGAGGAAUUGCAGCAUGUAUUGAUCCCUCCUUAGGACUCACAGAUGAACAGAAAGAAUUUCAGAAGGUGGCAUUUGACUUUGCUGCCAAUGAAAUGGCACCACAUAUGGCAGAAUGGGACCAGAAGGAGAUUUUUCCUGUGGAGGCCAUGAGGAAAGCUGCCCAGCUGGGCUUUGGUGGGAUUUAUGUGAACCCUGAUGUUGGGGGCUCUGGACUCUCCAGGCUUGACACCUCAAUCAUUUUUGAAGCUUUAUCCACAGGGUGUGUCAGCACUACUGCUUACAUCAGCAUUCACAACAUGUGUGCAUGGAUGAUAGACACAUUCGGUAACAAGGAGCAAAGGGAGAAAUACUGUCCUGUUCUCUGCUCCAUGGAAAAACUUGCCUCCUACUGUCUCACAGAACCUGGUAGCGGAAGUGAUGCUGCCUCCCUCUUAACCAGUGCAAAGCUCCAAGGGGAUAACUAUAUUCUCAAUGGUUCCAAGGCCUUCAUCAGUGGAGGUGGCGACACAGAUGUUUAUGUGGUCAUGUGUAGGACAGGUGGGAAGGGACCAAAGGGCAUUUCAUGCCUGGUGGUUGAAAAAGAAACACUGGGACUCAGCUUUGGCAAAAAAGAAAAGAAGAUUGGUUGGAACUCGCAGCCAACCAGAGCAGUGAUAUUUGAGGACUGCGCUGUCCCCGUGACCAAUCGGCUUGGAGCUGAGGGGGAGGGCUUCAACAUUGCCAUGAAAGGCCUGAAUGGAGGCAGAAUUAAUAUUGCUUCUUGCUCCCUUGGAGCAGCACACGCAGCUGUGCUGCUGGCUCGAGAUCACUUGUGUGUGCGCAAACAGUUUGGAGAAACGCUUUCGAACAGCCAGUACUUGCAGUUUAAGCUGGCAGAGAUGGCCACUAAACUGGUAGCUUCUCGGCUGAUGGUGCGUCAAGCAGCAUUGUCUCUUCAGGAGGGUCGACCGGACGCUGUAGCGCUCUGCUCAAUGGCCAAGCUCUUUGUGACAGAUGAAUGUUUUUCAAUAUGUAACCAGGCCUUACAAAUGCAUGGAGGUUAUGGAUAUCUGAAGGAUUAUGCAGUACAGCAGUAUCUCCGAGACAUAAGAGUGCAUCAGAUAUUAGAGGGUACAAAUGAAGUGAUGAGGAUGAUCAUCGCGAGGAGUUUGCUUGCUGAAUCAUAAUCAUAUGAUGCUGCUCAUGAAUGGGACUGACUGGUGCUGGGUUUUAUCACAUAUAGCAUAUUAUAUAUCUAAUGCUAUAUGUGUACUCCACCUGUGCAUUAUUAAAUGCUUUAGAGAUUCCUGAUGUUACUGUAUAACAACAUAGAGUCAGAAAACCAACCUGUUGACUUUGAUUUUAUGUAGCUGUGAGACUUUUUGGAUGGCAUGAAAGAUUUCUGUUUAUGCAUUAACCUCUUGGAAUAGCAGGUCCAGAUUAUAGUAUUUAUUGUAAUAACACAGUAAGGCUUGGUUGAAGACAUGGAUUUCAUUACAAGGCUAAAAGUGCACCCGAUUUAUUCUGAAUUCAACAUUAUAAUGAGCCAGAGUUGCUUUUACCACCGGAAAGUAUAUUUGUAAGAUCAUUUGCAAAGCACUAAAAUUCCAAUCUCACAGUAUGGCCAUACAUUUGUUUUUGUCCUAAACUUUAUAUGUGAUUCUGGUUCUUGUGUUGUUUGUAGAAAGGCUGCUGUGACUCAGACUGGCAGAUUGUGAGCCAUGUAAAAUAAAUAAGCGUUUUGAAAAGUG